GUCAGGCACCCUGCCCAAAUAUUAGAGGAGGAAAGAAGUCACUUCCCCUGCUGUCAGCAUCUUCCAACAGAUUGAGCAAGAAUAUUUCCAGCACUACAGAAAAGACAGUCUAUCCAACCCUAAAUGAUGAUCAGCCAUGUGAAUUUUUCAAAAAAGGGAAUAGGGUGAAUGAAUCUUAUCAGAAAACCAGCAGUAUGAAUGCAGGCCCGUCUCGGACUAAAGUACAACAUCCCAAGAAUUCCAGAAAAAGACAGAGUAAACCCCAAGUCCCCCACAUUUCUUCCCAGCUGAAAAGCAGUCUCAGAGGUGUCCCCCAACUGACUGAGGAUAAGCGGAAGGAAAGCAUUUCCCCAGAAGGAAACCCCGAAAGGAGUCCCCUCGGCCCCAGAUACCGGGGGCUCUCAGGGAACAAGCUGUUUCUGGACUUUCAGUCCAUGAAAAUCAUCAAAGAAGAUGCCGAGGAGGAGGACAGUGCCAGUGACCUCUCUGAUUCAGAAAGGAUCGCCAUCCCCCCAUCCCCCCUCACACCUCCUGAUCUUCACCUUCGAGCGGAAGAGAUUGACCCGGUUCACUUCGAUCUGCACCCAGGGCAGGGCCCCACCUGGCCUGAAUACUGUUACCCCGACUUCCUCCCGCCCCCGUGCAACUCCUGGGACCUGCGGGACAUGGCCAUGCUCCUGCACUCCGAGCGCAGGACAGAGGCUGUGCCCAAAACUGGGGGACUCCUAGGCAAGUACGUCGACAGGCUCGUCCAGCUUGAGUGGCUGCAGAUCCAGACCAUCCAGUGCGAGAAAGGCAAGGUGGCCAAAGGGAGGCCUCCCACUGCCCCUGGGACCUCGGGGGCCCUGAAGAGCCCUGGGAGAAGCAAGCUGAUGCCUAGCACUCUGUCCAGGCCUCAGCAGGAAGGGCCUCUGAAGUCGGGCCUUUCACGAAAGAAAGACACGCUCUGCAAGGAAGUCCAUCCAUUUUGUUACACUGGUGAGGCUUUCCCCAGACCUCUUGAUGUGCUGAGCAGUAGCCGAUUAUGUUCACAGAAGCAAACCCUGGAGGAGCAGAAAGAGAAGAAGAAAAAGAAAUCCAACAAGAGCUCCAGGCUGCAGCCCUGGGACUUACCCGGUGGGGACGGUGGCCCCAAGAUCGAGAGUAAUGGGAACCUCCGUGCACCCCGGCCGCCAGCUGUGAUCCUGGAUCCUGCAGACGGCUGCAGGGCUGCCCAGGCACCAGCACACACAGGUCUUAAGAAGAAGGGAAACGUGAGUAACUGUGCUCAUGCCACGAUAUCCAGCGAGAAAAAGCUCAAAACGAAUGGAGGAAAGCAAAAUACAUGCAAAUUCAAGAAAUAACUGAGAUGAUGAGUUGCAAGAACCUGCAGAUGACUCAGUAUUAAAGCUCUUCCGAAAGUUCCCCUCCAAUGAAUUGUAAGAGACUUCGGGUUUACUGACCUUGAGGGGGUGGACAGUUAUUUAGUCCACCCACCCUCACCUCCACCCCUGCCACACAGGGUUGUUUUCAAAAAAAGAAGUCUUUAGGUAAUCAUACUCUGUGUUGACAGUCUUAGGCAAACUUGAGGUAAACAUCAGCCAAAGUCUAUGCCACAGAAAGAGAUAAAACCACUGCUCUCUAGCGGGACUUGAGUGAACUCCACUUCUGAAAUCUCAGCCACAGCAUAUGUGAGCUAGUGGGUAUGGCUUCAAACAGUAGAGAAUCCUGUGUAUCUGAGACAAGGCUCUCUGCGCCCUGGCCCUAAAGGAUUCAAACAGAAGUUCUGGCUGUUUCACCCCAGGGGAGGCUUGGGCCCUUCCUCAGCAGCAUCUAUUUUGAGCAAAGUCAUUUAUCACUAAGUUUCCUGCUCUUGGGAGAGAGUGGAAUCUAGGGCUUCCAUGCGCUUUCCGUAACAUGGGUUUUGUUUUGUUUUUAAGAAGGCCUUUUAGAGGUAGUGUGAAGUCAAUUUUUUGUAUUCUGUCAGCAUGCAGACUUCAUCCCAGUGGAGGUUGGUGGGUCUAAGUGUGGUUGUUGGCAAGUGGUGGGAGGAAGAAUGAAAUGUUGAUACCUGGAAUUCCUGGCGGGUGGCGUCUCUGAAGAGAUGCCACAGGUAAACCACCUCUUAGAGUUUGCAAAUGCAGGGCCUAUAAUCAGACCAGAUACACACGGAACCACUUUGAGUGGAACCCUUAUUACAUUCCUGAUUUGGGACCUGGCCCCUCUCUGUUGUAAAAUGAUAAUCUGUCUUCAUUUGCAAGAGCAGGACUUUAUAAUCUUGCUUUAUAAUCUUGGGGGAGGGAGCAUGACUAAAGUUACUGAAUGAAUGUCUUCACAUCCUUACAUGGCCCUGUGGCUUCCUGAGCUUCCUAAAUGCUUCUUAUUUAACUGCUGUUAAGUCACAAAGAUAGAAGGCAGGAGGAGAAGGGGACGACAGAGAAUGAGAUGGUUGGAUGGCAUCACUGACUCGAUGGACAUGAGCUUGAGCAAGCUCCAGGAGUUGGUGAUGGACAGGGAAGCCUGGAGUGCUGCAGUCCAUGGGGUCAAAAAGAGUCGGACACGACUGAGCAACUGAACUGAACUGAAGUCACAUCUACUUGUCCCGGUGGUUGUGUGAGGAGAUUGAUAUUAUUGUAAAAAUCUUUUAAACCUUUGGUGGACAAUUCUUGAUGUACAGUAUGUUUUAAUGACUAUAGCUGAUUUUAUUCCUUCAAACAAUUCUUCUAUUUUUCUUUAUAUAUAUGUUUCUGUUUUUCCUCUUUGGGGCAAAUGAAAAACUUGGCACAUUUCAUUUGAAAAUAUUUACCAACUGGCAGACUUUUCACCCAGCAAUUCAGUGUCAUCCAAGUCACUGUUUAAGUUACCAUAAAGACAGGAUGUAUUUAUACAUAAUUAAAAUAAUAGGCCAAAAUUGAAUAUUAAGAUGCCAUAUGAAAAUCUGAUCUUAAUCGUAGUAACAAAAAUGUUGAUGGUAGUCCUUUUCUUUUAAGACUUUAUUUCCGUAUUCCCUCUUGUAUUCUUUCUUCCUCACACUGCCCUACUGGAGAAAGCACUGGUUACGUUAAGAUCUUAGGCCUUUUUAUAAACGAACGAAAGAUGUGUAUCUGGCCAGCAUCAGUUCCAUGGUUCGCAAUUAUACUGUAACAUUUGUACUCAGUAUAAGUAUGGUAUUUUGAAAACGUAGUGUUAUUAAUAACUUUUCCUUCCUGUGGUUCCUGAGCAUUCCCCCACAUGUCCUUCAACGGCCCUGCUUCUGUGAGCACUGAUAAGCAAGUCCUGUCUACACCCCACUCAUGAUUUCUUUUUCUGCUAGAUGUUCAUUCAACUCUGUAUGAAGUUUCAGGGCCAAUCAAUCUCUGUAAGCAUGUUACACACACAUGUAUGAUCCUGACAUUAAUCCUAAUAGAAACCCAGGGUUUCUGCUGAGUGCUGCCUCUCGCAGUAGCACACGUGUGCGGGAUAUCUGGACGGUGACAUGGUUCACCUUUCCUGGCCUCAUGUAUGUCUGAGCUGAUUAAGAAAUGUUGAGGUAACACCUCGGAUGUUACAUUUGUUCCUUGCUCUUUGACUUGGUUGCUUAAUUCGGAAGCAUAUAUAAUGUCACGUGUUAGGACACUUUGGAAAGCCUGAAAAAGUGGCUUUGCUUGUUUACUUUUUUGCCUCUGGUUGGUAAUUGUGGUUGGCUCUGAGCUCCUAAGGAAUAUAGGUUCAUUACAGAGCAGAAGCACACUUCUGUGAUUUCUGAUGCACACAUCUUAAUGCACUAAAUGCUGCAAAUAAAAAUCAUUUUGCCACUUGAGCAGACCACAUUACAGAGUUGAGUCAUGAACUCAUUCAGUCCAUCAGAUUGAAGCCAUGGAAUCUUGUGACAUGAGUCACUGUAUUCCUUAGUAGUGCCGGUCAUUUCUGUGCAGUUGUUUACAUACAUGUUGCACUUAAAUCAAUUAAAGUAACCAAUAAAAUGGUAGCAAAAAAAGAACUCCAAAGUUUAGAAAAAGUGCUAAGAACUGUUGCAGGUUUGGAAUCAAGGGGAAAAGUUGUAAAAAACUACAAAAGUGAACUACAAAAACAUAUCAGUAUUAGCUACAAUUGUUUGCUGCUGCUGCUGCUAAGUCGCUUCAGUUGUGUCCGACUCUGUGCUACCCCAUAGACGGCC